AUGACAAAUCCAAAAGGUUAUCGUCGUGGUACUCGCCAUUUGUUCGCGCGAGAUUUCAAGAAAAAUGGACGAAUUCCUUUGGCUACCUAUAUGAAAAUCUUCAAACGCGGUGACAUUGUCGACAUUAAAGGCAAUGGUGCUGUACAAAAAGGUAUGCCACAUCGAUUCUAUCACGGUAAAACAGGUCGUGUCUUCAAUGUAACUCGACAUGCUGUCGGUAUUAUCGUUAACAAACGUGUUCGCCAUCGUAUCAUCGCCAAACGAAUCAACGUUCGUAUUGAACAUAUUAAACAUUCAAAAUGUCGUUCUGAUUUUCUCAAUCGUGUCAAACAAAGUGAACAAUUGAAACGAGCAGCAAAAGAAUCAGGCAAACCUGUACCAGCUUCAAGCCUCAAACGACAGCCUCAAGGUCCACGCAAACAACAUUUGGUCCGAACACGCGGCAAUAAACCACAAAUUGUCGAACCAAUUCCUUACCAAUUCGUGGCUUAA